GAGCACAGUGUAGAAGUUGAUUACCAACAGCAUGCUAGAGCUAUCAUGUUUAAGUUGAUGGGUGGCAGCUUAUUUCCCAACACGACGGGAAAUAAGUUUAGUUUGUAUCUGUUGGAGGUAAUCAUGGGCGACUCUGUGCUAGUGUGGGGUCGUGCCAUAGGUGCUACGGUUCUUAGUUUCUUGUAUCGUAGUAUGUGUCGUGCGAGCAUGACACAUGUAUCUCAGAUAGGAGGGUGUCUUAUCCUCUUACAGCUUUGGUCAUGGGAACGUCUGCCUAUGACUAGACCUAGGGGGAUUGUACCAUUGGAGCAGCUGGUUAAUGUUCCAUAUGGAGUCAGGGACCAGCUAGAUAGGUUGCUCGAGGGAGAGUUUGUUUGGAUGCCGUAUCCGAAUCUCGAGACCCUACCACCCUUUUGUUCAGUCGGACUCCCAAUAUGGACAUCACGCAUCCCUUUGAUCUAUGGCUAUGUCGUGGAGAUGUGCUAUCCAGAUCGAUUUUGUAGACAGUUUGGUGCCCUCCAACAUGUUCCUCUCGAUGUUGUGUAUGAUAGACGCCUACAUAACAUUAAGUCGACCACUAUGGAGCUUGGUGACAAUGAGAGACAUUAUUUAGGUGUAUGGGAGGGACGUUACGUUGCAAAUGUACUGAUGGAAUUUGGGAUGUCGGAUGCCACGCCUGAGUAUCGUCUGUGGUAUUACCUCCAUGGUCGAAGACAAAUAGGAAACCCUGCACAUCAGCCCAGAAAAGGCUACGUCCCCAUUUCUCCUGAGCUACAGACAGAACUAUCUUGUAUGGCAGAUUGUCAUCAGCGACUUGAUCCAGGUAGGCACCCGGAUGGUUUUGUACCUUCUCACGAGGUAGUGCUAGUUCAUGACUUGUUAGGUGAUUGUAUACGUGCUCUUGGACAUGCAUCUAUCCUCAAUCAUCCUCAGCAGCAACCAGUAUACAGUCCAGGACAUAUUCCGAGAAGGGCAGAUAGAAGGCGCGAUGCACCUGUUGUAGGGGUUAGGCGUGGCGGGCGUGGUCAGCGCAGGUUGCAAGUCGAAGAAGAAGAGAUUCAUAUCCCGGUGCAAUCCCCCCAUAUGUCCCAAGACGAGGAUGCCACCGAAGAUGAGUAUGUUGAGAGCGAUACCCACACACCCGCUUGCACCGUUGAGCCAUCCACUUCAUAUACUCCACGACGCAUGUAUCGUACGUCACCAGUCAGGUUUGAGGGAGAUUAUGUGUUUACUCAAGAAAGUCAAUUCACGGAUGAGUUUGGACAAUAUCUCUCCAGCAGCACGGCACCAUCGGAUAUCCCUCAGACGUUUGGUAACGUUGAAGUGGAGGACGAACGGGUUCCGGAUCUGCUACCACGGCGCACUCGACGUGGGACCCGAUGUGGUACCGGUAGCCAUUAUGUUUAGUAUUUUCCUUUUGUUUAUUAUAUCUUAUUUCGGUUAUGUAUGUAAACUGUAAUUGUGUAUUUCGGUAAUGUAUGUAAACUAUUUAUCUGUAGCCAUUAUAAUUCGUAUUUUCUAUUUAUUUUUCACUCCCAACAUUCAUUUAUUCCCACUAACAACAAACCACCCCCACUAACUACCCUUUCCCACUCCCACCUAACUAUUUAUUACCCCUCCAACUAACCACUCCCAACUCCCACUAACUCCCAUGACUACAAAUGAUGAAGGUGGGGCACGUUAUGGUAUAAUGACUACAAAUUCCUUAGAAAGUUUCAAUCAUGUCCUUGAAGGAUGUCGUUG